AGUGUAUGUCAACAGCCAACGACGAGACCAUUGACAUUGAUGACGAUUUGACCUUUGGUUCGAUCGAUGCCAGUUUUAUUAAAGACAACGGCAAUAGCACCGAGGAGUUAAAUAUUGUUGGUGAUAACAAACUCGACGUGUCUCGGUUGCUGGGUCAGGACACCGACAAUGCUUCUUCGAACGCAUUGAGAAUUAUAAAUGACGGUAAGACAAAGCGGAACAGCAAAGGUCCUCGUUGGAGUGCGGCUGCUCCUUCGAGAACCACACAAAUGACUUUGAAAGAACAAGAAAGGGUUAUUGAUGAAAUCAAGAAGGAGAAUUUUAGUUUGAAAAUGAAGGUGUAUUUUUUGGAGGAGAGACUGAGUAAACUUGGACCAGACGAAAUGGAAAGGGCACUAAAAGAGAACGUGGACAUCAAACUUCAGGUUCACGAUCUAAAAAAUGAAUUGAACAAAAAAAAUAAGAUGCUUAAAGAAGCUGAAAAACUGGUUCUUACGCGUUCCAGUGCGGAUUGUCCCUUGCAGCAUGGCAUGUCACAGCUGGAAGAAGCCGCCUAUCGAAAGGCCAUCGCUUCUGCCGAAGAAUUAAGCCAAGAAAAUAGCGUUCUUCAUCGCAAAUACGCCGAGCAACAGGUGGAGAACAAACGUCUUCGCGAAUUGUUAAGCAAAACGAAGUUGGAUGCAAAUGUCAAUGGAGACUCUCCACUUUACGGGAUAACGGAUAGUAGGAGCUCUAGUGAUCAAGGAACUGAAGUUUCUGCAUUACAAGAAGCAUUGAUUAAAGAAAAGGAGGAAAAACAAGCGAUUUCACAAGAAGCUGAAGGUCUUAAACAACAGCUUCGUGAUUUCCAACAUCAAUUGAUAGAAUCAAACACUGAACUGUCAAAGUUACAGGAGGUAACAUUAAAGAAUUAUGAAAGUUUUAAGAAAGCUGGUUUGGAUGGAAAUAUUUUGUCAAAUGAUCCAGAAAUACUCAAAACUAUAAAAAACGCUGAAAACAAGGCAAGACAAGAGGAAAUCGAAAAGCAUAGCACGUUGAUUCAACAAUUGAAAGGGCAAAUUGCAACUCUUAAGUCACAGCUUGUUUCACGAGCAAGUGAAAAUGAAGAUUUACACUCUGACUAUGAAAUUAUCAGAAGUCGUCCCAUAAGCGCCGCUUCGUCACGUGGUGAUAUUUCUUCUAGAUUUUUGAAUGGAGACUUUAGUGAACAAUACGAAGAGAGCCUUGGUCAUUUGCGAGAUAAGGUUGCGGAAUUAACACUUCAGUUACGCGGAAAAUGCAUGGAGUUUGACCAGCUGGUCAUUGAGUUUGACGCAAAUAACAUCGCACAUUCCAAAACCAUUCGAGAUCUGGAAGAAGAAAUGGAUAGAAUGGAAAGUCAAUUUGGUGAAGAAACGGCAAUGUUAAGAGAGGACUUAGAGGCAAUGCACCGUGAAAACGAUCAACUGGUGCAAGAACUUGACACGUUACAUAAUAUUUGCCGAGAAAAUGAUUUACAACAUCAUGAAUCCAUCGAGGAGACAAAGUCUCAGUUGGAUAAUCAAAAACAAGAGAUAACAGAUCUGAUGCAAUCUCUUGAAAAAACCAAAAACGAGUUGGAAACAAAAUCGAAAGAGUUGUUAAAUUUCACAGAAUCUCUUAAGAAGUCGAAUAACCAAGUAACAUCCUUGGAACAAUCACUUAACGAGAAAGAUGAAGAAUUAAACGAAAUUCGCAGUCUGUUAGAAUCGAAAAUAAAAGAAGCUGAGUCCGAAGAGAAAUUACACGAAGAAAUGGUUUCUGACUUGAGAGGGAAACUUUCGAUGAACAAGACGAAAAUUAACGAAAUGAGUGCGGUUAAGGAUACUACCGUUAAGCAAAUAAGUCUUCUUCGACAAGAAUUGGAAAACUAUACGACUCAAAUGAAUGAGAUCAAACAGAACCUAAGUUAUGAGAUUGAACAACGAAAUGCCGCUGAGACAAGAGAGAAGGAAUUAAUCGAUGAAAGAAACAGUGAAAGGGAAAAUUACGAAAAAGAAUUGGAAAAAUUACGUAAAGACAAGAAGGAUAGUGAAAAACAGCAAGAUCAAAAAUUGAAUGAACUGAUUGAGAAACUUUCAGUGGCAGAACAACAGAUAUUGGAUCUUGGUAUGACAAUUCAAGAACGCGAAGCCGAUCUCCAAUAUGUUAGGCAGCAACUCAGUAAUCAAGUUGGUCGUACAAAAGAUGCAGCUGAUCGAUACGCAAAAGAACAAGAAAGACUUCGAGUGGAGUUGGAUACAAUGCGACAUGAAUCUGAGAACUUGCGCUCACAAUUAGAAUCCAUUGGAGAUGAACUAGAGAAUAAAAAGACACAAGCUAUGGAAUAUGAAAACGAAAUUAAACAUUUGAAUAAUUUACGUGUAAAACUAAAUGAAAAGCUAACUGCAAGCGAAGCAGCUCGUUCAAAGGCCGAAGAAGUUUUCCGUAAUUUGCAAAUGGAUGUUCGCGACAAAAAUUCGACAAUUGAAGAGCUGAAGGCUCAAGUUGCUCAUCUGGAAAAUAAUUUAACCCAAGAGAAGAAGUCGACAUAUUCAAAUGAAACUCAAUAUCGUGAUCAGAUUAUUGAGCGCAAUACUCUGUUGAUGACGACUUAUCAAUAUUUGGAUACAAUAAUGUCAGAUGGUACAACCAAACAAUCUAUUCAUCCCAAGCCGUCCGCUAAUUUCGCGAUAUUUCACGAGCAUUUGUUGGCAAAGCUUAAGACACUUAGUCAUGUUUAUAAUACUUUUGAUCGACGAGCCAAGGAAAUAGACAAUCGUUGGCAAGAACAAUAUGAAUCACUUAAGAGUCAGAUGGAUAUAAAAUUAAGGUUAUUAAAUAAAUUUGAAGGAAUGAUACAAAAGGCUUCUACCGCUCAGAAAGACUGGCGAGAACAGACAAAAAAGAAUCAAGGCGAACUUGAAGCCGCGAGGAACACAAACGAAGAACUUAUCGAACAGCUGUCGACUUUACGUGAACAGCUUGACGAACUUCGAGCUGUAAGUGCACGCGCCGAAGAACUUGAAAGCAAAUUAAGAGAAAGCGAUAAGCGUAACAGGGCAUUUGAAUCACAAAUGAAAGAAGAAGAGAGGAAAUAUGAUUCACGUCUCAAAGAUUUAGAUUACAAGGUACGGCAGGCCGAAGAAAGAUUAAAGGUGGAAAAGCAGGGCGCCAAAGAAAAAGUUGAAUCAUUGAUUGAAAAUGUCAAGGACCUUGAGACACAGUUACAAGCCCAAAAUCGACGAAACACGCAAUUACAGGAAUUAAUCUCUAUUCAGAAAGCUUCAAUGGAGGCAACUAAUGAAUCGAAAGCGAUAGCCGCAAAAGCAGAAAAUACUUUUGCUAUGCUCAACGAACAACUUCGCGAACAACUUGAAGAGAAAAACAAAUCCAUUGACAAUGAAAGGCAGAGGGUGAAGAAUCUGGAAGAACAGUUCGCUAGUUUAAUUGAAGAGCAUAAACGACUAUGUGUGACAAUCGAAAAGCGAGAAGCUUUAUUAAACAAAGCGCUUGGUGGGCUACAGAUGAUCAAUCAACGAAAAGAUUUGGUUGAACAUACAGUAUUUCAAAAUUUGCGCGAAGUUACCGAGGAAGUUCGAUCGACUCUUCUUGAUGGCGAAGGUCAUCGAAGACAUUCUUACCAACCACCACCCUACAUUAAUCCACCUUGGAAACCAGCUGGAAAUAAUCCGUCUCUAGCUAAAAAGGUUGUUAGCCCCAAAGCGACAUCAUCUAAAACGACUUCCAUUCCAACUUAUUCCUCAUCAUCAAAAAUAAAAGCUGUGAGCAAUAUAAAAUCGGGAAUACCAACUCGAGCAUCAUCUAGUGAAAAAACACACGGUUCUUCCGCUUCUAAUCACAAUAACAAUAGCACGACCACUCAACGAGGAGUCUCUCCAAAAGAAGCAAAAUAA